AUGGAGUACUUUGUGUCUCCUCAGAGCCAGAAGGCAAAGAAUGCUUCCCUUCAACUGGCUGAAAGUGAAGAUGAUAUUGAGUUUGUUGGCGAAGCUGUAUUAAGACCUGUCCUGGACUGCAUUGACCUUGUUAGCAGUGGCGAUGAAGAAUCCAGCCGUUCUUCUAAUAAGAAAGUAAAACGGAAAGACUACAUUGAUUAUCAGAAGGAAAGGGUUGCUUCAACCCUUGAUCGUCUAGCCCGCCAUGUAGAGGUAGAGAAACAGCUGAAAGAAGAGAAAAACAAAGCUUUUAAGGAAAAAAUGGACUCCCAGCAUGCUCAUGGACUGCAAGAGCUGGAAUUUAUCCACGGGCACAGUGAGACCGAAGCAGCAAGACUGUGUGUGAAUCAGUGGCUCAAAAUGCCAGGUCUCAAUCCAGGUACUGUCAAUUCAGGAAGAAUGUUACCUCAGAAAACAGCCCAAAAGCCAUCUGGCAAUAAAUCCAUUUUAUGCCCCAUAAUGCACUGCAACAAGAAGUUUGACAAUGGGUCUCUUCUCCUAGGCCACCUUAAAAGGUUUGAUCACUCCCCAUGCGAUCCAGCAGUUACACUACAUGGACCUCCAUCGAGUUAUUUUGCCUGUAUAGUCUGUAAUCGAAGAUUUCCUACCUCUGAGCAAUAUAGCGAUCACUGUUUAUCCAAGGCAAGUGAAAAUGAUGGCCAUGAAAGAAAUUAUCCUCCUCAGCAUAUUCAGUUUUUUGCAUGCCCAUGCUGUUUUCUCCUUUUUAGCCUAAGAGAUGAGUGCCUGCAACAUAUGUCUGCAGAGAAUCAUUUUUCUCACUUUUUUAAACUGAGUGAUAAGACAGGAGACCCACUUCCUUUGCCUUUCCCAGCCUAUGCAAAAAAUCUUCUAAUCUCCUUGUGCAAAGAAGUUCCAUUCCAAGUAAAAUGUGCGUCCUGCCGUCGACCAUUACGUUCCCAUGUGGAGCUAACAGCACACUUCAGAACUCGUUGUCGUAACGCCGGUCCAGUAGCUGUGUCAGAGAAGAAUAUCUCCCAGGUUGCUGAAAUAUUUAAAGCGAAAGGCUUUUGUCAGAGCUGCAAUGAGCUGUGUGUUGAUGACGACCAUGUCAGUCGGCAUAGUUGCAAAACCUUGCACAAGGUUAAAGUCCUCACCACAAUGGAACAAUCAGUCUUAAUAUUUUGCCAUACUAAUAAAAAUGUCUCUUACAUUAAGAAGCACAGAAGCCUUGUAAAGUGUUCUCCUCUGAAGAGAUCUUUGGCCAUGGAUGAUCAGAGUGGAACCACUUUAAAACAUAAAAGGGAUUUGGAAGACAACAGCCAAGAGACUUGUAGUUCCCAGCCUGUGAAAACCUGGAUGUGUGAGUGCCAUCUGACAUUUCCUUCUGAAGAGUUAGUAGAGAAACAUAUCCUUUCUGCAAACAGAAUAUGCCACAAGUGUGCCGUGUGUGGGAAGCUUGCAGAAAACGCAGGCAUCAUCCGUUUGCACAUGAGCCGGUUUCAUGGAGGAGCACAUUUGGCCAAUUUCCUCUUUUGGUGUCAGGCCUGCAAUGUAGAUCUUCAGAAAGGGGAUGAUGUAAUGGCACAUGUGACUGAAUUUCAUGGUGGGCACAGCUACUUUUGUGAGAAGUAUGUUACUGAGGAUGAGCUUGUGUUAUCUUCUGACAGACCCGCAGAUACCUUCUGUAAUAAUUCACAUGAGAUAGAAAACCAGUCUUUGACCCCUAUGGAACUAUCUCCACCUCCAAGUCCAAUGGACCUCUCUGAACAACCUUGUCACCAAGGAAAAUGGCAGUGCUGCUUUUGUGAGGAAAUCUUUGACUCGGAAGAUACUGUGAAACAGCAUUGCAUGUCAUUAGAGAGCCAUCAUUUUCACAGGUUCAGCUGUGACUUGUGUAAAGUUACAUUUCGGAAAAUAGAAACACUGCACCGACACUGCCAGGAUAGGCAUAACAAUGUUGUACAGAUAAAAUAUUUCUGUGGAUUUUGUGGUGACCUCUUUUUUGAUGUUGAAGAAGAGUUUUUACUUCACUUUAAGGGUUUCCAUAGCACAGAUUACAUAUGUGUGUCUGAGACAGCAGAAACAUCAAUCAAGAUCUUCGAGACGAUAGAAGAAAGCAGCCGCCUUAGCUGUGGCUGUCGGGAGAAAUACAUCUCCAAAGGAAAUAAGAAAGCAGAUUAUGAGAAGUGCCAAGAAGCCAUGCUGGCAAAAGGUAAUCUGUGGUUUCGCUGCACCUCAUGCUCUUCAACAGCACAAAGCCAUUCUGACAUGAUUACUCAUCUCGCAGGCCAUAUAGGCGACAAUAUUAAAAAAGAGUUGUAUGUUGUGAGGUGUGGGGCAUGCAACAAAAACUUCAGUGAUCUUCAAGUCGCCCAUCAGCACUUUCAUAGCAAACACUGCUUCUCACAAAAGCCCAAGUUAGACUUUGGCUCUCCAGCAGAAGGUGGAGUCUUCCAGUUCUCUGCUAGUGGGCCUUGUGUGGACAAGAAGCCUAAUAAACAGAAGCUUUCAGCUACUGUGACUGCAUCAAGUUCAAAAUCCCUUUCUUCAAAGAAACCAGGAGCUAUAAAGAAAGAAGUGCUUGGCCAAGACGAUGAAGAUCUGCCUGAUCUAGAUUACUUGUGCACCAUGACUCAUAUUAUAAUGAUGGAUUUAGAUAACUGGGGAAACCUCUUCCAUCAACUGCCUGCUACUCUUAACCAAGGGACUUUUAUCUGGGGCUUUCAAGGUGGGCACGGCAACUGGAAGCAACCUGUGAACUGCAAAAUGUUUAAUUAUCUUAACAAGAUUGGGUGUUUCUUUCUUCAUCCACACUGUGGUACAAGGAGGGAUGCAGCUGACUUUGCAAUCUGUGUUCAUGCAGGGCGCCUGGAUGAGUAUCUGCCCAAGCACAUUCCUUUCACCAUUCUUUCUGGAGACAAAGGCUUUCUGGAGUUGGAGAACCAACUUAAGAUGACUCAACGGACAACCCGCAUUCUAGACCCUCAUAAAAUUGAUUCUGAUAUGAUGUGUGCCUUAUUAAACAGCAUUUCGGAUACAGCCAAAGAGAAUGAAGAGGAUUGUCCAGUGAACACACAACGCUUGCAAGGAGCAAAGACUCAAGAGGAUGAAGAUGAACAAUUACAGGAAGCGAUCAGACGAAGUCUUCUGGAAAUAUGA